UCGAUUAUUCGUGACACUUACUCUAUACUUGUCUAGUUUGUUCAUAGUGCUUCAAUUUUGGUGCUAAAAUUUAUUUCUGAGAAAUAAUUACUCGAUUCAUUUUUUGACUUCUUCAGAAGUUGGUGUAAUUGUUCUCGAAAUAUUCAAACGCUAUGAAUGAAAAGAAGAAAUAUAAUAUGAUGGAAAGGCUACCUGCUGAAAUCGGCAAUUAUUUGAUGAGAAUGAAUUUAUCGAAAGCUUUGGUGUUCAUGGACGAAGCAGUUAAAAAUCUCCCUGGGGAACGCUACUGCCUAAUUGGUAGAGCAACUGCUCGAACAAGAUCCUUGAAUAUAGAGGGCGCAACGGAAGACAUUGAAACUGUCCUAAGAUUGCAUCCUAAUGAUUUAAUAGCACACGCUCUAAAGAACGAUAUAGAGUAUUUGAAUCUGAAUUUCGAAAAAGCUCUCGUACUGAACGAUAAAUAUUUGAAAAGAAGAAAGUAUCCUCCACAUUUCUUCUUAGGAUAUAUGAAGUGUAUGGACGCCAUAUUGAAUUCUCUAGCUAAAGAAAGGGCAGGCCGUCCCCUGAGAGACCAUUACGAGAUAAUACGGAAGUCUGCAUGGAUAAAAAACCUCAAACAUAAUUCAAAAACAGAGAAAGAACACAUCAAGAAACGAAAAAAGUUUGUUUUGGAUUCAACGACGAAACUAGUUGAAACUUUGAAGCAAAUACCUCUCAUUAGCAAAAAUGUCAGUUCGGAAAUAACAUCUGAAAGUAUUGGAGAUAUGUCUCUGUCAACUGUUGAGCUUGGUUCCAAAAACGAUGAAUCCUUUUCGGAAUUGAACAAGAGGAACAAUAUUUCAGCUAUGAUACCAAAGAUAACGAAUUUUCCAUACAAGCCACUGCAACAAAGAACGUCAAACCUUUCCAACUACAUGUCCGAGAAAUAUCUUGGGCAUCUGCAUAAACAUAAAUGUUUCCUAGAAAAAAUUUCUCAAAAUAAGGGAUUCAUCGCACCAAAUCGUUCAAGCGAAGAGAAGCUGAAGAACCUGGUAAAGAAUGUCAACAUAUACCUGAACAAAGUGCAAGGCUUGAUGAGAAGCACUAGACCAUUCUACCACAUAAAAUACACAGAGAGGCAAACUAAAUACGAAGCACUAAACACCAAAGAUUCGUUAUACAGAAGGCAAAAAGGAGAAGCAGAGCAGUAUUUCACGAAAAUUCUGUACCGUCUCCAUGCAGCAUACCACGUGGAAGACCUCAAGAGGAUCAUAGUUCUCGUUGCGAAUAUGGUGGAUUACUAUAAUGCAAGAUUCCCCAGAAGUAUCACCAACAACCAGUACAGAAAAAUAGCUGACGCUAUCAACGUACUAAGGGAUGGUUAUUUCCAUUUUGGUCUCUUUUCGUAUAGGAUGAGUAUGGAAGAGAAAAUAGACAGGGUGAAAAUUAGGCUUGGAAUGGACAUGGAGAAAAACCCUUCCAUGGAUUCUUUCUUCAAUAAACUCAGGCAGCAUACAUCUAUAAAUUGGACGCCCCGAAUAAAAAUAUUGGAGGAGUAUUUGAGGAAGGCCCAAUUCCCAGAAGAAAUGAUCUAUUUCAACUACGAGUUGGCCAAACUGUAUUUAGAUUUGAACAAACUGGAAUUUGUUAGAAGUCACGCCAAAAAAUGUAUGCUCGUGGCAAAACAACGUAAGGAUCUGAAAUGGGUAAUGAAUAUAAACUUUCUAUUGAUCCAAGCCAAUAUAAAGCAGAACAACAAGAUGGAUUCGUUGAAACUGCUGCAGAGGUGUUCGAAAUUAUCGAAAACUCUGAAGUGUACGGAGCUACAAGAGUUCUUGGAUUUCGCAAUGCAAUUGGUACAAGAAACCGAUUUCAGACUCCUUUCUGGCGCAAAUGCUAUAAUAAAAGAAAGGAAACAGAAAAUUCUGAACCUAUUUGCAGAAGACGAAAAAGCAAGGAGAGAAACAGAUAUUUUAUUCCGCAAAAUGAGCUAUACCCCUCUAGAAAGGACUAUGCCAAUAAUACCUGGUAUCAAAAUAACUCCACAUGAAGACAAAAGCAAGGGAAUUGAGAGUGAAUCAGCUUCAUUUAAUAAUACUACAUUGAAAUACGUUUCCAAAAAGCCAAAAAAAGCUGAUGAGAGAAGAGGUACUGCAUUUUACUCUCUGAUUAAAGAUUAUGUUUGAUGGCAAAAUACUUCGAAUGGAAGAAAUAUGAUGCUGUUCAGAGAUUUGUCCAGGACCAAAGGAUUCCCGAAUGUACUCUUAUGAGUAUUAUUUGCAGAGUGUUUCAUGGCCUUUUGUAAGAUCUAAUCUAUUUUUCUAUAAGUCCCAAUAUUGUACGAUAAGAUUUUUUAUAUAGGUAACUUAUUUUCUAGUAAAAUAAUGUAUGUACAUAUUCUCUAUUUUUAUAUAUUAAGAAAUAAAUAUUCAUAUUUUUAUGUAA